ACAAAAAAAAAAUCACCUAACAGAAAACUGCGCGGCCCGUAAUUUCCUCGCUGUUUUCUAAUUUUAUUUCAAUUUUAUUCUUAAUAAUUAAAAAUAAAUAUAACCCAAAAUUUCAAAACAUUACUUGCCCCUAGUUCAACUCCUCAAUUAUUUUUAAUAAAAGUCUAUUUCCAUCCUUUUAGCUGCCGCACUUUUUUAUUUGUCUAUUGGAAUUUUGCAAAAAAAUUUGUUUUUUUUUCUACUUUGAUUUUUUUCUGUAUAUUUUCUUCAUUGUGUGUUUAUUUUCGAGUCGAGCAAUUAAAUUGCUCCAAAGAAAAAGUUUUAGUCAAUUAAAUAAGAAACCCAAUUAAGGCAAAUUGGCUUUAUCAUCAUGACGAACCGUGCAAACUACAAGGACAUUUACGAUUUGCUGGAGAAACUUUGCAAAAAUGUUUGUCCCAACAAUCACAGGCAAGUGCUUGGAAACGUAACACAAUACAUAUCGAAUUGUCCGACUGGUUUGGGCAGUUCUUUGCCAUACAAUGAGACUUCGCUGGUAUCGAAGAUUUCAAGCCAUUUAACAAAUACCAGUGGCUCACAGAGCAGUGCAACAUUAUUUUUGAAUCUCUAUGAACAAUUAAAAACAAGUCAAACAGAUCAAAGACAAAGAAGUGCUUUGUUAACAUUUUUAUAUUUUAUGGCCGAUUCACAAAAUAAUAUGAUGUCUUUAUCCACAAAUGGUUUCAAUAAUGCAAUCACAAAUAACCAGGAUAAUAAUGGGCCGGGAGUUAGUUCGGCAUUGAAUUCGAUUCGUUCGAGUAUGUUACAAAAGCCGACGCAUCAUUUUAAUCCCGGAGUGACAAUAGGAAGACCGGCUUUGCAUGGAUUUGGUAAUCAGAAGAGCUCAACAAUGAAUAGUCCUCCCGUCGAUAGUAACCUCAAGAUCUCAACUCUCCGAACCACACACAAUAAUCACCAAUUACAAUCGGAUAGCAGCGAUACUGGUAGCAAAGAUGCACAUUUAAGUCAGCAAGCCUUGCGUGAAGCACAAAAUGAUUUAAAUGAUGAUAUUGUUCAAAAUGUAAUUUACGCUUUUACUGGAAUACAGGGGAAGUAUCUUAAAAAAGACGUGAUAUCGGGAGCAUUUAAAUUAGAUACAAAAGCUAAGAAAUUAAAUGUAGUGCAAGCUGGAAUGUUACUACGACUAUCUGAAUUAGGUUAUUACCAUGAUCAGGUGCAAUCUUAUACAGACACAAAGAGUGGUCUGUGUGCAUUGGGUCUGAUGGGACAGGGGUUUAUAUCCGCAUUGAAGACGGAGCUAACAAAGUAUUAUGGAAUGGUUGCUAUGUUGCAGGAACAGUUAAAUAAGCAAAGAAAGACAGAAAGACAAGAAUGGAUGUCCACAUUGGCACCCGUUGAGAAAGUCACACUAAUGAAGAUUCUCGUAUGGUCUGUGGACCCGUUGCAACGUCUACAGUGGCUUGCUACGAUUGCAGAAGCUUGCCAGGAGAAAAAAGGAGGGGCAUUGGCUUCUAUAGUUCAUAGUUUUUUAAGCAAUGGCGAUCCCAUGGUUAAGUCGGUUGUGAAGGAAAUGCUUCUUGCUAUUUGUGGACCUCUGCAACAGAUGUUAUCUCGUUGGUUACUGGAAGGAGAAAUAUGCGAUCCACAUGGUGAAUUCUUUAUUGAAUGUCUGUCUGAAGUGAGUCCGGAUCGUCUGUGGCAUGACAAGUACCGAGUGCGGACUUCAAUGUUGCCGGAUUUCAUUUCUACUGAUAUGGCGAAUAAAAUUCUAAUCACCGGAAAGAGUAUUAACUUCCUGCGUGAAAUAUGUGAAGAUAAAUCACCUGUCAAAGGACGAGAAGAAUUGAGGCAGUGCUUUGAAUUAAAUGCGGAAAAUAUAUUUUCCAAAGUGGCUGACACAAAACUCCAUUCAACUAUUGAUUCGGUGUAUUUAAAUACAUCGAAAAGGGUGUUGGACAUUGUAAUGGGGCCGCACAAAUUAUUGGAGCAUUUACAGGCAAUGCGAAGGUAUUUGCUUCUAGGUCAAGGCGAUUUUAUUGGAAUUCUUAUGGAAAAUCUAAAAUCAGAGCUAGACAAACCUGCAAAAGAAUUAUACUCUUAUGAUUUGUCAUCGAUUUUGGAUGCGGCCAUUCGAAACACAAACGCACAAUACGAUGACCCAGAAAUUCUCAAUCAUUUAGAUGUUAGAUUGUUGCAUCCGUAUGAUGGUGACACUGGUUGGGAUAUUCUUUCAUUGCAGUACACAGUUCGUGGGCCCUUGGCAACGAUGUUAGAUCCGUCGAUGGAUAAUUAUCAAAUUCUAUUCAAACCAUUAUGGCGCAUGAAACAUAUCGAGUUUUUGCUGUCGUCCAAAAUAUGGAAAGAUCAAAUGUGCAAUGCUAAGCCUCUCCGCACGUUAAAAAAUCAACUCAAUCCAAUAAUGUAUCGCUUGCAUUUAUUUACCUCCGAGAUGAUACACUUUAUUCACCAAAUGCAGUAUUACAUUCUUUUCGAGGUAAUCGAGUGUUCUUGGGCUGAAUUUCAGGAAAAAAUUCAACAAGCCAAAACACUUGACGACAUACUCCACGCUCACGAUGAAUUUCUAACAACCAUCAAAAGUGGUGCAUUCCUUGACUCAAAGUCAGAAGCUCUAUCCGCCCAAAUGGAAGAAGUCUACCUCGGCAUAACCCGUCUCGAAGUGUGGCAAGAUAAGUUCUUCGAUAUAUGCUUCAAAGAAUUAAAAGCUACAAAAGAAUUUGAAGAGGCAAUUCGUCAAUCUGAAAAAGUUGGCGAAUUCGGAGUAAAUGCCGAACAGCAGCUGCAACGAGACGAAGAACACAAAAUUUUUGAACAAAGUCUCAACAGCUGUCAGAAGAAUCUCGAAAAAAUCGGAUUUGACUACGAAGUAACCGUUCGACAGUUUUUACUCGAGCUCAAUUCCAAUAACGAUCACAACUUGCAGUUGUUUGGCAUACGUUUGGACUUUAAUGAGUAUUACAAAAAACGAGAUCAACGCCUUAACAAGCCGCUAACAUUCGAAAGUAUGCGUGUUAGCAAUGUUUUUGGUAGGAGUCGUUACAGUAUCAACUGACCCCCGCCCACAACAAACGAACUGGUAUAUUAUUUUAAUCAAAACCAAUGCAAUGAGAUCACAAAAUGUCAUCGUGCCAUUAUUUGCCAAUACAAUGGUGAUAUUAGCACAAAGUGCCAUCUUCCGCCAUUGCUUGUGCCGAGCCACCACAAAAAUCUUCUUUAUGUUUCCUGUUGUGAAAUUCUUUAAAAUUCCAUGGAUAAAAUCGAAUAUCUAAAUAAAAAGUAUUUUUUAACUUUCA